AUGAUGAAACCUACCAAAAUUCAAGAAAGUCAGUAUACUUAUGAAUAUCCAAGACACUGGGUAGAGUAUGUAGGAGGUGAGAAAGCUAUUGAAAUCAGACAGGUUCGAAGUAUUCCAGCAGGAAGAACAAUAUUAUUGAAGAACUUUAAUGUUUUGAGGUAUAAUGAUGAAACAAAGAAGCAAGAUAGUUUCCCUGUUGCUGUGUAUGUGAACUUAGAUACAGGAGAUGACAUGAAAGUUUUUAAUACAAAGCUUCAAACGGUAGUGAGAGAACAACUGACUGCGGAAGGACAUCCAUUACCUUCAGAAGUUACCAUAGCAUAUAAUUUUGAAAAAAACUCAAUAGAUUUUAAAGUCGUCUCUGCAAAGAAGUCAGGUUUUACAUUUAAUGAAGCAGAUGUAUAUUCGAAUGAAAACUUCAAAGCUAUUGCGUGGUUAGAUAAUGACGAUUGCUUUAAGAAAAUAUUUAAAUACAGUGACUCAACGAUGUCAAUAGAUGACCUUCGUGGAAUGUUACCAUCGACGUUUACAGUUGAAGGUUCAGCAGGAUUGCUUACAAGAUUGUCAAUUGGUGGCAUUUGGUCUCGUGAGAACAUUGUUAUAAAUCCAGUAUAA